CACAAAGCAGCAGAGACAGGCAGGCAGAACAGACAGACCUUGGGAGACAGACAGACAGACAGGGAGACUAAGAGACCCUGGAAGGACUGGCAGAAGAAGAAGAAGGGGCAAGCAGGGGGCAUGCAAUGCCUAACUUCUGGGACACUAUGUGUGGAGGCAGAAGGAAGCAGUACCAGGCUGAACCCAAAGUGGUGGAGCAGAAGGUCCAGUCCACCAAGGAACAUGGACUCAAAGCAUUUAGGAAGAUGGCGCUCUCCGACGAUGAAGAUGUGAAAACCAUGCUUAAUGGUUCUUUACUCUGGAAGAUUAAGGCUGGGUGGCGCCAGCAGAGGCUGUACCGUCUAGAAUCAGAUGGUAUGACUAUCUGGUACCAGAGUCGUGCAAAACGGGCCCGAUCCAAGCAGAUCUUUUCCAUCCUGCACAUCGAGUCUAUUCGCGAGGGCCGUCAGUCCGAGGGUCUCCGGAAGAAUGGACGCCGCUUUCCCGAGAGUUGCUGUUUCAGCAUUUCCUUCAUGGGAAGGAGAAGGAACCUGGACCUGGCUGCAGCAAGUGACCAGGAGGCGCAAAGCUGGGUGCAGGGGCUUCGUAAACUCAUGCUGAGAGCCGAGGCAAUGAGUCAACGGGAGAAGUUGGUACACUGGAUCCGGGAUUAUCUCCACCAAGCAGACAGGAACGGGGACGAGAAGAUGUCUUUCCAAGAGGUGAAGGACAUGCUAAAGAUGAUUAAUAUUGACAUGAAUGACCUCUACGCGUACCAACUGUUUAAGAAAUGUGACCGAUCUAAUACGGACACUCUGGAGGACUGCGAAAUCGAAGAGUUCUGCACUCAGCUUAUGCACCGGCCGGAGCUGGAGGGCAUAUUUCACUGUUACUCGGGAGAGGACCGGGUGUUAUCCGCCGAGGAACUGCAGGAGUUCCUUCUAAACCAAGGAGAAGAGGCUACUCUGGAGAGAGCUAAGGAAAUAAUCCAGAAAUAUGAACUCAAUGAGAAAGCCAGGCAGCACGACCUGAUGAUGUUAGAGGGCUUCAUGAUGUACCUGCUGUCAGCAGAAGGGGACAUCUUUAACGCUGAGCACAGUAAAGUAUACCAAGACAUGACGCAGCCCCUGAGCCAUUACUUCAUCUCCAGCUCUCACAACACCUACCUGACCAACCACCAGCUUGUGGGAAGCAGCAGCACAGAGUCCUAUAUUAGGGUGUUUAUGGAGGGAUGCCGCUGCGUGGAGCUGGACUGCUGGGAAGGGCCAACAGGAGAGCCAGUGAUUUACCACGGGCACACUUUGACCUCUAAGAUACUGUUCAAAGAUGUCAUCGCGACCAUCAGAGACUAUGCUUUUAAAUACUCCCCAUAUCCUGUGAUAUUGUCCCUGGAGAACCACUGUGGGUUGGAGCAGCAGGCGACAAUGGCUUAUCAUUUGCGAGACAUCCUGGGGGACGUGCUGGUGUCGGAGGCCAUUAACAGCGCGGACCCAGACCAGCUACCAUCACCCGAGACACUGAAGGGGAAGAUUCUGUUAAAAGGGAAGAAGCUGAGCGGCCACCUUCUGCCAGAGGAAGAAGAGACAAGAAUGAGGAUGGAAACAGCCCAGGAACUCUCGGAUCUGGUUGUCUACUGCCAAACGGUAGAAUAUCGCGAUCAGCCAGGAAGCGUGUGUGAAAUGAGCUCGUUCAGCGAGGACAAAAUCCGUAGACUGAUCAAGGAAUCUGGAAACACUCUGGUACGCUACAACACUCGGCAACUCAGCCGUAUUUACCCGGAUGGACUGCGUACCAACUCCUCCAAUUACAGCCCCCAAGAGAUGUGGAACGCUGGCUGCCAGCUAGUCGCUCUGAAUUUCCAGACCCCCGGUUACAAGAUGGACUUGAAUCGGGGACGUUUCCAAGAUAACGGUCUUUGUGGAUAUGUGCUGAAGCCAGAAUUCCUGAGGAGGGCAGAUACGUCCUUCAAUCCCGAAACCGCUGUCAGUAACAACAUGAAGAUUCUGCAUGUCAGGAUCAUAUCAGCUCAGCAACUUCCCAAACUCAACAAGGAAAAGCCAAAUUCCAUCGUUGACCCCUUUGUGCGCGUGGAGAUACACGGAGUAGGAAAAAGGAGAGAACAAGAAACAAACUACAUCCUGAAUAACGGUUUCAAUCCCUUGUGGGAUGAGAGGCUUCGGUUGGAGGUGCUGGUCCCAGAGCUCGCGCUUGUCAGAUUUGUGGUUGAAGAUUACGACAAAACAUCAAGUAAUGACUUUGUGGGACAAUAUACUCUCCCGUUCCAAAGCAUUAAGCAAGGUUAUCGCCAUGUUCAUCUGCUCUCCAAGGAUGGAGCUUCUCUCACCCCAGCCACCCUGUUCGUUCAUAUAAAAAUCGAGGACCCCUGAGGAGGUUGUGAACAUUUAAGAUCCCUGGCGUCGCUCCCAGGCCACAUGGAGGAGGUAGAGCUAGUGUGGCUGUUGGGACCUUUCUGCGUAAUCCAAGUGGACAAUGUGACCUCCUAAUCAAGAUAUUCUUCCCUGAAGAGUUUACCAAGCCUGCCAAAACAGCAGAGGACACAACUUAUAGACUUCUUUAAAAACCCAAACCAGGGCUGGCAUCUUUAAAAUGUCUAUUGAAUCCCGGAUCAGUGUUAUGCCAAUGAACUGUCCUUUGAGUUGAUCAUUAGAGGAACUCAUUGUAUGCGCCUGUAUAUAUAAAUUCAGUAAUCACUACUGAAUAAUGUUUUAUGACAUCCCAUCUUUUAUUCCUCUCUGUUUAGGAGAGGAAUGGAACCCCUUGGGAGAGCUAAUAUUUUUAAUGACAAUUUCAUUAAUAUUGGUUUUAUAACCAAGCGGUACACGAGGACUCGCUCUGCCUUCUUGAAACCAAAAGAACAAGUGCUCUUUCUUUGUAAUAAUGUAAUUUUCACCAUAUACUUAUUUAAAACAUGUAAAAAGUAGUUUGGAAAUAGUUACUUGUAGAAAUGUACAUUAAACACCAUAAUCAUUGUU